AUGGCUCAACCAGGAGGCCUCCUCCGGACAGUCCUCGAGGACACGCCGCAUCCAAGAGUUGUUCUCUCAUCCAUCGUCGGGCUCAUAUUCCUGGUAAUAUGGCUCCGGCGCCUCAACAUCUCGGCCAUGCGCAAGAUCCCGGGUCCGCCGCACCUCAAGCUAAGCACGGCCAUGGUCAAAUACCACGAGUUUGUUGGCACCAAGAGCCGCUGGAUCCACGAUCUCCAUCUUCGAUACGGACCUGUCGUCCAGAUCGGGCGUAACGAAGUUUCUUUUGCCAGCUAUACCUCAUCGAAGCAGAUCUACAGCAAUGGCAACAAGGACUUCCGCAAGACGGAGCUGUACCAUCUUUUCGAGCAGGACGGCCACAUUAACCUGUUCACUGCGCUGGACCCUGAAAAGCAUAGCGACAUCCGCCGCCAGUUCGCCGAUAGGUACUCGAACACGACCGUCCUCCGCUCCAAAGUCCUCGAUUCCAUUACCGAGCGUGCCUCCGCAUUUGCUAGGGUCUGUUCCAGCACAGACUCUGCUGAUGUUUAUCUCUACCUUCAUGCCUACGCCUUGGACUGUGUCACAGCCAUGCUGUUUCAUCCCUACGGCACCGAUUCACUGGUUGGUGACAAGGAUAAAGAAAUGGUUCGCCUCCUGUCUUAUUCCAGCUCCCGUGAAAGUAGGUUACAUCUUCGCCACUGUGUCCCCAGGGUUACUGACAAUCUACCAGGUUUCUAUCUCGACCAUUACUCCCCGAUUCUCGCCAAAGUCUGGCGCGCCAUCGGUCCUCGGUCCAAGAACAUCGAAAAGGGGGGCGCAAUGAUCCGAGAGUUUGUUCGUGAGUGCAUGGCCAAGGAUGGUCUUUCAGACUUUACUCUUGCAACCAGGCUUUUGAGUUUGGACAACAUGGACAUGAAACUGGCCGAAGCUGAGUGCCUAGACCACAUCGGCGCCGGCAUUGAAACCACUGGCGAUACCCUUUGUUGGUUGAUGUGGGAGCUAUCGCAGCCAAAGCAUUGGGACAAGGUGACCCGGCUUCACAACGAGCUGGUCAAUGCCGACCCCAAAAAGGGCCUCGAAGUUCUCCCCUAUCUCGGUGCCGUAGUCCAGGAGGCCCUGCGUCUGUGGGCCCCAGGAACUCUUCCAUUGCCUCGGUACGUGCCCAAGGGGGGUAGACACAUCGAUGGCUACUUUCUACCAGCCGAUAUCAUCGUUGGCUGCACCUCAUACAGCAUGCAUCGACUCGACACAAGCAUCUUCCCCGACGCAGAUGAGUUUGUGCCCGAGAGAUGGCUAGACUCUGCAGGAAACACUGACCGACAGCGGCUCUUCUUUGCCUUUGGCCUCGGUGCCCGUACGUGCAUUGGAAAGCACCUUGCCAUAGCCGAGAUGAAGGCUUGUUUGAACGCAGUCUACUCUCAAUAUCGGACGCGGCCAGCGCAUGAUAUGCGCUCCAGUAUGGGACCCGAAGAUGUGGUCUUGACUUCUCGGCCGAUUGGCAUGUGUUGCAAGUUGGAAUUCGUGCCGUGGGAUAUUGCCCUCGAGCUUCCUCGCGAGGGAUCCCCCUCCGAGCAUGUUUGA